CACAUUGAAACGCUCGCUUCAUCCAUCUCAACCUCGUUGACCCAACAUCAUCUUGGGUCUCGAUGCACUCGGUGAACCAGACGUUGUCACCGCGCUCGCGUCUCGUCCUUGGAGGCGGAUGGGGCCAGCGGCCUCGAAGUAUGUCGGCCGAGCUGCACGAGACCAACACCACUUUCGGCGAUGUACCCAAGUAUAAGCUCGAGAUCUCCGAGUCGCAGAUCCUGGAUCGUGACUUUACGAGACACCGCGAGCGCAAGACCAAGAUCAUCUGCGCCAUCGGGCCCAGCUGCUGGUCCGUGGACAUGCUCGGCAAACUCCUCGACGCAGGCAUGAACGUAGCGCGCUUCAAUUUUUCCCACGGUGACCACACUGUCCACGGCACCGCGCUGGCCAACCUCCGUGCCGCGGUUGCGCAGCGGGAGCACUGCCACUGCGCGGUGCUGCUGGACACCAAGGGCCCAGAGAUUCGCACGGGAGCGCUCAAGCACCACACACCAAUCCACUUGAUAGCUGGACAGACGCUGACGAUCACAACAGACGGCGAUUUUGAAGGCGACACAAGUCGCAUCGGAUGCAACUACCCGCACUUGGCCACGUCCGUCGCGCCUGGGUCGCGAAUUCUGUGCGACGACGGCACGCUGCAACUGGAUGUAACAGCGUGUCGUAGCAACGAGGUCGAUGUCAAGGUGCUCAACUCGCACGUUCUAGAAGAACGCAAGAGCAUGAGUCUCCCUGGGGCCAAGAUUCGCAUUCCUGGCAUCACGGACAAGGACAAGCACGACUUGGUGCAUUUUGCCCUUCCGUACGCCGUGGACAUUGUGUCGGGGUCGUUUGUACGAUCUGCGGCCAACGUCCGAGCGAUUCGGGCGUGUCUGGGCGACGCAGGCAAACACAUUCGCAUCCAUGCCAAGAUUGAAAGCCUCGAAGCGCUGGAAAACCUGGAUGAGAUCCUCGCCGAAGCCGACGGCAUCCACGUGAGCCGCGGUGAUCUGGGCAUGGAACUGCAGCCAGAACAAGUGUUUUUAGCUCAAAAGCUUAUCAUUCGCAAAGCCAACAUCGCCGGCAAGCCCGUCGUUACGUCCACGCAGAUGCUGCAGUCGAUGACCAAGUGUCCGACGCCAACGUCCGCCGAGUGCUCGGACGUGGCCAACGCGGUGCUCGACGGCACGGACGCGGUCAUGUUGUCGGCAGAAACGGCAAAGGGCGAGUUCCCCGUCCAAGCGGUGGCGACCAUGUCACGUAUUUGCAUCGAGGCCGAAGGUUCGAUGUGACAGCAUCGUCGAGAAGACUUAGAUUGCCCAUCAUCAAUGGGGUUAUAUAGGGUCGCUCAACUACUCGAGACUGUACGCCAAGACGCGCGAUGCGACGCCGCGACCUGUGAGUGUCUGCGAAGCCGCGUCGUCGUCGGGAGUGGAAAUGGCGCUGGAUGUGCAAGCCAAGCUGAUAGUGUCGCUGACCGACUCGGGAUCUUCCACGUUGAAGAUCGCCAAGUACCGCCCGGAAGCGUUCGUGGUGGCUGUGACGGCGUCGGCGCAUGUCGCGAGGCAGUUGGCCGGCCUCUCGAGGGGCAUCUCGGUGCUUCGCGCGAUGACUGGCGGCACGGACGACUUGAUCUUGAAAGCGAUCGAGUUUGCCAAAUCCAAGGGCUGGAUCGACGACGGGGACAUGGUCGUGGUGCUCCAUGGGCUGACAGAAGAUGCACGGACGAGUGUGGUCAAGAUCAUCCAAGCACAUGCCCACGGCUAUGCGUUGCCGUUGCACCAGCCAAACGCAGUCUCUCGGUUGCAGUAAGGUCUGUCUGUUCAUCGCAUCAGAAGUGUCUGACCUAUCAAAUAGGACGUUCGUUGUAUAGUGGGACGUCGUCGAGAUUGUGGCGGAGGACAAAGUGAAGUGUGUUGCCAACGUUGUUGACACCACUAUAUACUUUGAGGGGAACAUCGGCCCGUAGGACUACUAGAGUCAAUUGCACAAUUUACUACUGUUAUUAGUAGUACUAUGUGGCAUCAUUACACUGGAGUGUGCUUCAAGCACCAGGAAAGUACUACUACGAUUACUACUAUUAAUAGUACUACAUAUUAUCAAUAAUGUCACGA